UCGAUUUUUUAAAUACGCGUGGUGAGAUGGUAUGUCGUGAACAUGACGAAUACAUGUUUCGCUUUCCUGAUUUGGUAAAACGUCGUCUCCAAACUCCGCGUUACUCCCUGUCAUGGAUAAAACUACCUGAUGGCCCUGUCAUAUCAUCGUUUACAUGAUGACGACGUGCUCGUGCCUGUCGAUAAGACGAUCCCCCGCCUAAGCGUCACGUUGAAAAGUUCGGAAUCCAAUCAGAAUCAAGAACCGAUCUUUAGUCAGGGUGAUGUCGUUUCGGGGACGCUCACGAUUGAUACGCCGUGCCCUCUUCAAGUGGACCACCUACGGAUUGUAUUUUACGGCAGCGCUCAGGUCCAUGGCCAAGAUUGUGAUCAUGCUCUACCCAUUGGCAUUUUUGACUAUCUCAUCCAUAAGCCGGUUAUUAACACUGGCAUGCGUAUUGUGAAAAAAUCAAGUUCCGUUCCAACCGCGCUUGAGAGAAACAGCGACGAGCAGAAACGGCUGUCUGUAAGCCACGAUGACAAGCACUAUCAUCAGCUGACAAUAACGGGAUCCGAAACAGGAAAAGGCGAGGAGAGACAUGAAGAAGCGCCCGUCAUGUUGGGGAAACAUCCUCUCCAGAAGCCGAAAACGGCUUUUCACAAGAAAAUUGAAAGUCUUCUUCGACAAGUGGCCAGUAGCGAUAGCGUCACGGGUAGUGCAUUAGCUUGCUAUGAAAACGAUUCUACGUGUUUCGAACUGAACGCAGCCACGCAUCACAUCCCUUUCAGCCUUCGUAUCCCAUCGCAUCGUCGUCUGGCCUCCUCAUUCGACCAUCCCAAUUUCCCUAUUCAAUACCAAGUAGUCGCUCUUUUACUUUGCAAAGACAAAUCCACAGGUAUCGAUCGUAUCGUUUACGCCAAGGCACCGAUGAAAUUAGUGUCGACGGUAUGCGUUGACGAUGUGGGUGAUAAUGGUACAGUGCAAGGCCCCUGGUUCGCUUUUAGCGGCACCGCCUUAUUGUCUCGGAGACAGGUGAAAAUCAAAUGCAAAAACGACGACGUACUGCUGUCACCCCCCAACGUACGAUACACUUCUUGGCUGAAGCGAUUUUUGUGUGCUACGGGUUUCCUCUUGGACCACCGCAAGUGGUUCCAGUGCUGUGCGCAACUAGCCAAGCCGGCAUUUCUCCGAGGAUCCUUCAUUGAUCUUCGCAUUCACUUGAUCAAUGGCAUGGCGCGCACUCUUUCUUCUGUCGGUGUUCACGUGCAGUUGGUGAAGCGUAUUUUGAUGACGGCAGGGAUUUCUGAAACGGCCGAGACGACGACCGUCUGUGUAUCGGAUGUGGUCUUUCAAAAUGAUACCGUGUCCGACAUGGAUAAAAACCAAUCCGUGUUGGAUUACAGGCAGUUGAUAUUCGAUUACAACCACCUGUUGCAAGUCCCCCACGAUUGCCCAUGCACGAUCCCCUCUUCCGACACACGACAUGUUUUUGAACUUCGUUACGAGUUGUGGAUCUCUUUGGAAGUACGUGAAAGCACAGACCGCACGCCGCGACCACUGAAUUAUUCUCAGACUCACACAUUGGUUGCCAACGACUUUGCCAAGGCGAUGGUUUCCCUGGACAACCGAGAGGGGCGUGUUCAUCAUGUCCAUCUUCCUCCUGUCGGUGUAACCAUUGGCAACGCAUAACGGUUUUUCAGAAAAAAUCAAGUGUGAUUCUUGAAAAACUGAUCAACGCCCAUCUCCCUGUCCCCAUUAUUUAUAUUACCCUUAAUGCAGCUUGUUCUCCUUAU